AUGACAUCGAAUAAUCUAUCUACUAAAUGGAGUGUACGAAUCGUUCCUCUUCCUGCAGCUCUCAGUUACAUUAGACUAGCUCAAGAACUACGUCUACCAAUAUCUCGUGUCUACAUUCCGAAGAAUUUCAACCAUAGUGCUCGAUAUGCAUGGAUCAAUGAUUUUACCAGCGAAGAGGAUGCAAAUGAGUUUGUACGUCAAUGGUCAGGAGCUUUAAUACAAGGACAAAAAAUCAAAUGUAUUGCAUCAUCAUCAAAAAGUGAACAGAUUGAUUCUUUUUGUUCUUCUCAAGAAUCACUAGCGUCUGGUUCUGGACCAGCAAAAGAAUCUAAAGCACAACGAACAGAUUUCAAUACUUUAACUACAGCAUCAUCAUCAUUUCAGCAUCCACAAAAAUCAAGUAAGUUACUUUCUGUUAAUAAUUAA